UUUCUGGGAGGUGUAGUUCGCUUACAGCUGGAGCCCGCUCGCAGGACAAGGAAGACGGGAAGGUCGCUUCUGUGGCUUCUUUCCAAGCAUAGAAGGACUCCCAAGAGACCUGUGGGACGUUGCAAACUUCUUUUUUUUUUUGCAUCUGGUAAAGACUCUUGGGAUACUGUAGGGCUGAGAGCAAAAACAGAGCAAGUAAAAUCAGAGGGAGAGGAUAACCCCACGGGAAAAUGAAGUUUGCCUGCCUCUCCUUCCGACAACCGUACGCCGGGCUGGUAUUGAACAACGUCAAGACCAUUGAGAGCCGUUGGCGUCCGGUGUUGGCCAGCCACCAAGAUGGCACUCUUGCCGUCCACAUCGCUUUCAGAGAUUGGGAGGAUGACAGCUGGAGAGAUGUUCUCCUCAACAGACUUGGUUGGACUUCAGCUCAGAUUGACGGUCUGUUAGCGGAGGGGGAGAAAUUCGGCCGAGGGGUUAUUGCUGGUCUCAUUGACAUCGGCGAGACUUUUCAGUGCGCUGACUGUUUGCCACCUGAAGACAUUUUACAGUUGGAAAAUAAAGCGGUUCUCCGGGAUCUGGAAGGAAAAUACUUGACGGUGAUUUCCAACCCCAGAUGGCUGCAGAAAGCCGUUCCUGCACGAGGACACAAGGACAUCUGGGAGGUAGACAUCCCAGAAGAUCUGAUUCCUACCCGUUGAAUCUGGUUGAACUUUUCCCCUCAGAGUCGCUCUCCUGCUUGUGAUGGGAUUGAACGAAACAACCGUUCUCGGUUUCUAUCGCAGCAAAUUUAACUGUACAGCUGUGUGAUUCCUCAUCGUUGGACUUGGGAUAAAUUCAAGUCUCCAGGAAACUCCAAACUAUUCCAAAAGUGUUAUGAUUAGAUGGCUAUAAAACUGAAGUUCAUUGAAUUAGAAGCACAGAUUCAUUUUUUUUAUUUUAAAACAUGAACUCUCUUCUUCCAUGUGUACGUUAUACAGUAACUUACAUAUCGUAACAUCAAAGAUCUGUUGAAGCAGUUGUUAUUUAUAUUUUUAGACUUCAAAUCGUGGGUGCACAAUAUUACUACAGGAUGUCCCAAAGGUGCCUUUUCAAGAGACAUCUUGACUUUCUGGUUUUUCUU